AACUAUAAUGGAUAGGCCCCAAAUAAUCUGAAUAGUGGCGCUAUGGCAAGCUGUGAGCCAGAUGCGACUGAGCCGAGCGCUGCCGGGCUGAGUGCUGCACAGCGGGCGCGCAUCGAGCGGAACAGGCUGCACGCGCGAGCUUUGCACGAGGCGCGCCUUGUUACCCGCUCACAAAGUAACACUUCGGAAGGCGCAAAGCAAAUCUAUGUAGGAAAAAGGCGAGCUAUUGAUACGGGCGGAGGUUUCUUAACGGAAGCAGAGAGCGCGGAGGGCAGUGUGGGGUCGAGGGCGGUGCCGGGCGCCAGGCCCGCGCCGCUGGUGCACGCGUCUCAGCAGCCGCGCUGUAAAGAGUGCCAGCAGCUGUUCCCGCAGUCCUACCUCUUCGACACAUUCGACUUCAGCGUGUGCGACGAUUGCAGGUUGCAUCGAAAGGGACGACGAAGGAGCGCACGAACUGGUGACGCGCACCGAGGCCAAGAGCGAGUUCCUGCUGAAAGACUGCGACCUGGACUCGCGGCCGCCACCGCUGCGCUGCGUGCGCCGGCGCAACCCUCACCGCACGCACUACGCCGAGAUGCGUCUGUACCUGCGCGCGCAGGUCGAGGAGCGCGCGCUGCUCGUGUGGGGCUCCGAAGAGCGGCUGCUGCAGGAACGAGCGGCGCGCGAGGAGCGCCGCGAGCGCGCGCAGGCCACCGCCGCCCGGCGCCGCCUCACCGCGCUGCGCAUGGCCGUGCGCUCCAGUCUGUACGACGGCACGCACGUGCAGCACGAGCACCGCUACGGCGAGGAGAGUUACGACGCCGAGACCGAACAGUACACGCGCGCCUGCCUCGACUGCGGCCACACACAGACCUACGAGAAGAUGUGACGCCGGGCCAUGCCCCCCUUAUCUACUCUUUGUCAUUGAAGAUAAAUAUUCUAUAUCUCAUGCCAAAAACUAACAUAAAAUGCGGAACAAUAGAAUGUUAAAAGUGUGUAAUGUGAAGUGGAGACACUGUGAGUGUGGGUCGCUGAAGCUGCGCUUGUACACUUUGAGAACAAAAGAUAAUUUUAAAAUACUUUCUUGUAAAUGUAUAGAAAUAAUAAUUAUGUAUUAUGUAAACACAAACAUUUCUGUCUUUAUGGUCUAAAAUACUUCAUAUACAAAUUUUUACAUAAAAAAAAGCAACCUGAUUUCGCCAAAAUAGCAAUUUUAAUCGAUGAAGGUCUAUGCCUAUGCAUCCUCUCCUCUGUCAAAUUCACUUUCCCUUUCCAUCCUUUCUUUAUAAGACAAGAUUGGGAAGGGACAUGGGACUAAAAUUAGGCUCCAUAAUACACACUCAUCAGACCAAAUGUGUAAUUGCUUCCACUUGAUAGAGUUAGGUAUUUGUGCAACAGAUGUUGUUAUUGCUGGAGUCUACUACUGUUUAGUUAUGAGACCGGUCAAAAGAGUGCUAAGAUACAAACUAAUGUUUAACAAAUAAUAUAAUUGUUUGCUUCUACUUGGAAAUA